UUUUCGUUAAACACACACAACUAGUAAAAGAGAGUUAUUAAGCAAACUAUUGUAUAGCUUUCAUUUUAGAGUGUGAGAUUUUUGUUCAUUGUGAUUAUUUUUUAAAAGAAAUAUGAGUGGAGAAGUUGGUAUUGUUUUGGGUUUAAUUGCUGUGGUUUUUGUUCAUCAUGCCACUGCUCAGACGAUACAUGUCGUCGGAGACUCUGACGGUUGGACAGUUCCCCAAGGCGGAGCUGCUUUCUAUUCCGACUGGGCUUCAAGAAACAACUUCUCUGUUGGCGAUUCUCUAACAUUUAACUUCAGAACAAACAUGCACGAUGUUCUUAAAGUAACAAAAGAGUCCUUCGAUGCGUGCAAUUCAAACAAUGCCAUCGGCAAUGUCAUUACUACAGGUCCUGCUACAGUGAAGCUCGACGCUGCCGGUAUGCAUUACUUCAUUUGUACUGUUGGCACACACUGUUUGGGAGGCCAAAAGUUAUCCGUCACCGUCUCCGCUAGCGGCGGUACAAUGCCACCUUCUUCAAACACUCCUCAUCCUCACAAUGAUGCAUGUGCUCCAACUCCUGCAAGUUCACCGCCUAUCCGCGGUGGAUUAUCUCCAUCGGCUCUAACACCUUCAUCCUCCACCGCAUUGAUGACAACCCUUUACGUCACUUUGUCCGCCAUUAUUAUGAGCUUGUUGUUUUAGAUGGAAAUUUUUGGGGAGGUUUUAUAUAUUUGUUACAUUUUAGUAAGCGUUUAUGAUAUAUAUAUAUUGUAUUUUGAUAUUUUUCAACUUCAUGGGGUGUAGACUGUAGAGUACAAAUUGAUCAAUGAUGUGUUUGUUAGUUGAUCGUGUUUAAUAAUCAUCUUAAAUUAAUGGUAAUUUGACCUUCUAAAAG